AUGCAGGUCCCCAGCCCCACCGUGCGAGAGGCGGCCUCCAUGUACGGCACAGCGGUGGCUGUCUUCCUGGUCAUCCUGGUGGCCGCCCUCCAGGGCUCAGCACCCCCUGAGAGCCCCUUCCCCUACCGCAUCCCCCUGGACCCCGGGGGGGCCCUGGAGCUCUCCUGGAAUGUCAGCUAUGUGCAGGAGACCAUCCACUUCCAGCUCCUGGUGCGGGAGCUCAAGGCCGGGGUCCUGUUCGGGAUGUCGGACCGCGGCGAGUUGGAGAAUGCUGACCUCGUAGUGCUCUGGACCGAUGGAGACAGAGCCUACUUUGGGGACGCCUGGAGUGACCAGAAGGGGCAGAUCCACCUGGAUUCGCAGCAGGACUACCAGCUGUUGCAGGCACAGAGGACUCCAGAAGGCCUGGUCCUGCUCUUCAAGAGGCCCUUUGGCACCUGUGACCCCAAGGAUUACCUCAUUGAGGAUGGCACUGUCCACUUGGUGUAUGGCAUCCUGGACGAGCCGCUCCACCUGCUGGAGGCCAUCAACACGUCCAGCCUGAAGACGGGGCUGCAGAGGGUGCAGCUGCUGAAGCCUGACAUCUCCGUCCCGGCCCUGCCCUCGGACUUGCACACCAUGGAGAUCCGGGCCCCAGACGUCCUCAUCCCUGGCCAGGAGACCACGUACUGGUGCUAUAUCACCGAGCUUCCGGACGGCUUCUCCAGGCACCACAUUGUCAUGUACGAGCCCAUGGUCACCGAGGGCAACGAGGCCCUGGUGCACCACAUGGAGGUCUUCCAGUGCGCCGCCGAGUUCGAGAGCUUCCCCCAGUUCAGCGGGCCCUGCGACUCCAAGAUGAAGCCUGACCGUCUCAACUACUGCCGCCACGUGCUGGCCGCCUGGGCCCUGGGUGCCAAGGCCUUUUACUACCCGGAGGAAGCGGGCCUUGCCUUUGGGGGCGCUGGGUCCUCCAGGUUUCUCCGCCUGGAAGUUCACUACCACAACCCACUGAGGAUACAAGGCCGGCGCGACUCCUCUGGCAUCCGCCUGUCCUACACGGCCAAGCUGCGGCGCUAUGACGCGGGAAUCAUGGAGCUGGGCCUGGUGUACACGCCCGUGAUGGCCAUCCCCCCACAGGAGCCGGCCUACACCCUCACGGGCUACUGCACGGACAAGUGCACCCAGCUGGCCUUGCCGCCAUCUGGGAUCCACAUCUUUGCCUCUCAGCUCCACACACACCUGACAGGGAGAAAGGUGGUCACUGUGCUGGCCCGGGACGGCCGAGAGCAGGAGGUCGUGAGCAGGGACGGCCACUACAGCCCUCACUUCCAGGAGAUCCGCAUGCUGAGGAAGGUCGUGUCUGUCUAUCCGGGGGACGUGCUCAUCACUUCCUGUACUUACAACACGGGAGACAGGAAGCUGGCCACUGUGGGGGGCUUUGGCAUCCUGGAGGAGAUGUGUGUCAACUACGUGCAUUACUACCCCCAGACGCAGCUGGAGCUCUGCAAGAGUGCCGUGGACCCUGGCUUCCUGCAGAAAUACUUCCACCUCAUCAACAGGUUCAACAGCGAGGAAGUUUGCACCUGUCCUCAGGUCUCCGUCCCCGAGCAGUUUGCCUCUGUUCCCUGGAACUCCUUCAACCGAGAUGUGCUCAAGGCCCUGUACGGCUUCGCCCCCAUUGCCAUGCACUGCAACAAGUCCUCGGCUGUCCGCUUCCAGGGUGAAUGGAACCUGCAGCCCCUGCCUGAGAUCAUCUCGAAGCUGGAAGAGGCCGCCCCGCAGUGCCCAGGGAGCCCGGGUCAGAGCCCUGCUGGCCCCGCCCUGGUCAGCAUCGGUGAGGGCAGAGGUUGAGUGGGGGCCGCCUCCCCAGCCCUCCCUCCAUCCCUGCGGGCUCACACCGGCUCUCUGCGUCUCCACUCGGUGAAGACCCCCAUGGAAUGGUUCUCUGUGCCGGGGAUGAAUGGGCCGCACCAAGCCCCUGCCUGAGAUCCUAGUCCAUGCCAGCUUUCUCCCCUGGAGGACACCCCCACGUGGCUGAGAGGGUCCCAUGAGAGCUCCCAGUAGCCCCCAGGACUGCAGACCAACCCCUUCUCCACACGCUUUGAUGCAGCAUAAGGCUAACCCGCCUGGGUGGUUGAGAGCCCAGUGCGCCCAAAGCCCUGCCUGACUCGCUGGGAGCAGCCGACCUUCUGGGACACGAGCCCGGCCUGGCUGCAUGCAGACUCACCCCAAGAUGGCCCUGUGUCCCCAGCCCUGUCAACCGCAACCUGUGCUGGUGUGUGGCGGGCUCGCGUUUUACUUAAACGUUUCCCUGAAGAGCGGCUCGUUUGUCACAGUGGGCGUCCUCCCUGCCCACGGAGGCAGGACAAGCCAUUUAGCUAGUUAGAGACUUGCUAGGGGAGGUGCUCCAUUGCAGGGUAAAUAGAUAUUUUCGCCCACCUAAAGGGAAAUCCUGACAACAAUUCUCCCCCAUCACCGAAAGAUGAGGCGGCACAGAUCCAGACAAGAAGCCAGGUGCCAGCUCCUUGGGGAACCGGAGGCUGAGCCCUGGCUGCCCUUCUCGGCGUGGGUGGGAAAGGUGGUAAGACAUGACUCUGGAAUCAGACGGCGUUAGGAGCCUGGUUCUCCAAUGAGUGGAGCUGCGACUUGGGAGGGCCGUUUCCUCUCCUGCCCGUUAGCUUUCUCGUCUAUGAAGUGGGGCCACUGCUGUUCGGGUUCAUGAGCUAAGCUCACACGCGGCUGGCACCAGUGAGAACUACUGCCGGGCGGUGCAGCCUGCACAGAAGGCCCCCCGAGCCUCCUGCCUGUGCCAGGCACUCCGUCCACAGAAGAGCCGGAGCCCACCUUCAUGCCUGCUCCCCGACGAGCUGCCUCCCAUUUAAGGCCAAGUUCAGCUCUUUGACGGUUUCUGUAGGGAGUAACAGAUUCAGCUCUGUUCAGCCAGUUCAGCAAAACGCCACAGCCUCUCGGGGAGGAGAGGGUGAUGGAUGGUCCUCCGAGCCCCCCCCUCCCCCCCCACAACAGACACAGCCAAGUGGCUGCUUCUCUUUCCGAGAGCUGCUUCAUUAUAGACGGGAACAAAUGGACCCAGACACUCUGCACUGCGUCGUAUAAAUCAUGGCUUCCUGUGCUGUAAGUCACAGGGUGUGAUCGCAGUGAAAUGCCAGGACCCAACAGAGGCCAGAGAGCUGGCCGGCCCUCCGUCAUCUUUACAGCCUCGGAUGACAGGAGGAGGCAGCCCUCCCCUGCAGUGCAGGUCCUGGGAGGACGGCCUGGAGCAUGCCCAGCCUCUGGCCUUGGGCUGCUGGCCCAAGAAGACCCCCGCCCUCUGAUCAUGCCCUACAGCAGCUCGGACGAAGGUCCUGGUCAGCCCAGAGCACUAGGAGAGGGCGGGGCAAGCCCCAAGGGCCACACGAGCUUGCCUCACACCUACCAACCCUCCCUGUCACCAUCGCUUUGUCCCCCAAACACCCGAGAGGCUCUUGUGGUGUUCGACCAUCACCAAGGAGGAAACUGAGGUUCGCAGAGGACCAAUGCCUCACCCGGGGUCCCCCGGAGGGUGAGUGGUGAUCGGUGAUAACACGCAGUUCCGGAACCACCUGCUCACACGGUGACAGCCCCCACCUCCCCUUCUUCACUCGCACACUCAGGCUGGUCACCCCCUUGCUCCUGGGGCCAGCCUGCUGGGCUGAUCCUGGAGACCACGGCCUGCCCCCUGCCGGCCCCUGCUCCUGGGUCCGACAGCCCCGCUCACUGGCUUAGGCAUCCGGCGCUCCUGUGAGCUGCCACAGUACAUGUACUGGUUCUGCCCUAACCGUCCCAACAAACCUACCACGUACGUGUUGCUCCCGCUGCCGGAUGGGGACACUGAGGCUUACACCCAAAGUUAGGUGCUGUGGUCAUCCAGGAGGAGCUGUGAGGCCCAGAAGUGCCCCCAGGUCUGUCGGACUGCAGGGUCUGGGCUCUCGGCCUCUGCUUCCUUAGGAAAUAGACACAGGCCUUUCGAGGCCAUGGGGAGAAAUGAUUGGUUACCUGAAAACAACCUUAGGGCCAAGUCCCCUUAAAUACUCUCCAGGCUUCCCGCUGUCCGUACAGCAAGGGCGGUGGAAAGAGUGGUGGGGGUCUAGCAGCCUGGCUUCCCAUUCCUCUCUGCUGUGUGGCCCUGGGCCAGUUGCUUUCCCUCUCUGGGCCUCUGUCCCCCAUAUGCCCAUUGAAGGGAAGUUUCCUCAACUUGAGCAGGGUGGGUUGCCGGGGUGGCAUGACCCACCUGAUGUGAGGAGGGCUUGGGGUGGGGGCUGAGGGCUGGGCAUGCACAAGCUGCAGGUUCCCAGGUUGUGUGUCUGCCUGGGCUGUGCCCGGAUGCUUCAGGCCAACUACCCAGGGGCCUUUAGCCUUUAGUCUCAUGUCCUGGUUAAGCUAAAUUUUAAAUGAAUUAAAAUGACAUAAACCAAAACAUU